AUGGCAAAUACUUUCAAUGGUGAAAUUUAUGAAAUACCUGGAAUAUAUGUUGAUAAAUUUCACAAUAAAGGGGAAUUAUAUUUUUUAACUCAUUCUCAUCAAGAUCAUUUACAAGGUUUAUUAUCAAAAAGUUUUUGUAAUAAAGUUUAUUGUCUGAAAUUAACAAAAGACAUUAUUGCAUUAGAUUCAAGAUAUGAUGACAAAUUAAAAUAUUUAAUACCUGUGGAAUAUGAUAAACCUUUUGAAUUACAAACUUUCACAUCAACUGUAACUAUAACAAUGAUUGAAAGUUAUCAUUGUCCUGGAUCAUCAAUGUUUUUAUUUGAAAGUCAGGGAGUUUCAGUGUUGGUGACUGGUGAUAUAAGAGCUGAGGAUUGGUGGACUUCAUCAUUAAUAAAAAAUGGGAACUUAUUCCCAUACAUCACAGGCUCUAAAAAAUUAGAUCAAAUUUAUCUUGAUACAACUUUUAGUUAUCGUGGAGAACCAUAUAUUAAAAUUAUGCCCAAUAGUGAUGGAGUUGUUGCAUUAAUUGAAUUAUUAAAAUUAUAUCCAAAAGAUCAAGAUAUUGAAUUUUCAUUUGUUGAUGCUGUUUCUGGUUCUGAAGAAAUUUGGUUACAAGUUGUUGAUCAUUUUAAUGGGUCUUUAUCAGCAAAUUCAAUAAUUACCGAAAGAAUUAAAUUAAUUAGAGAUUAUCAAUCCAAAAAAGAUGGACCAGUGUUUAAUGUUGGUAAUCUAAACAAAAAUGUUCCAGUAAUGAUUGCAAUUAAACAUACUAUCAAUUUCAAUAUUGUUGAUUAUGCUGGGUUUUGUUUACCUAUGAGAAUUGAUGAAGUAGACACUAAACAAUUAAAAUUGAUACAUGAACUUCAUAACGGACAUCAACUUUAUUCAUAUCAAGAUAGACAAUGGUUACUACCCAAUAAUGGAGUAGAAUUACUACCCACAUGCUUAAUGCUUAUGUUUUCACGUCAUUCAUCAUAUGAAGAAUCAAUGAAAUUUGUUGCACUUUUCCAACCAAAACUGGUUUAUCCAUGUACAGAUUCAAGAAAGUCUUGGUUAAAUGGUUUUACAAUGGAAAGAAUAUUUGGAUCAGUAUGUUCAUCAAAUGAUCAUAGAUAUGAUAAAGAAAAAUUAAAACAAUUUAGUUCACCUGAUAAAUCAAUCCUAGAGAGAAAAGUAGUUUCAAUAGAUCGUUGGUCAUUUUCGCAAUGUUUACAAGAAGUUGAUUUUAUUGAUCAAUACACCAAAAAAGAAAAACCAUUCAAAGGAGUACUUAAAUUAAUUGAUGAUAAUGGAGAUAAAGCAGCUUAUUAUUCAUACGUUAGAGAUUUUAAAUUACAAUCAAUUAUAGCAGGUAGAAAUGAAACAAAAUAUAAAGAUGUUAUUAAUUAUCAUCAAGAUUUAAAACAAAUGAAAUUAAAUAAAAUGGAUCAUGGAUCAGCAUCAGAAACAGAAUCAAGCGUACCAACAUUGAAUUCAGAUACAACUUCUAAAACUAGUAAUGCAACUGAACUAGAUUUUGUACAAUCUAGUGUAUAUACUGAACAAUCAAUUUCAGAAAAAUCUACAAGUAAUCUUUAUUUAUCACCUUUUAUAAAUCAUAAACAAAUUAAUGAAAUUGCUGAUAAAUUGAAAAAGGAUAAAAGAAACUGGAAUGGAAUGAUUUUGAAGUCAAUAAGUUUAAAUAAAAACAAAGUAUCAAAGUAA